CCCAUGUCAACAUGUAGGUAAAACUGUUGGAUGGCAAUAGAGGUCCAAUGAUGUCGAUAUGGACAUGCUUGAGUCGAGCAUCGGGCAACGAAAAGGUUCCAGGAACAGUAAUCGUGUGGCGAUGUAUCUUGCCAUUCUGACGAGUAAUACAAUGUUUCACCUACUGCUGGAUAGCAGUGCGCAUGCUAGGCCUGGUGUAACGAUCCGUGAUCAGAUUAAUAGUGGCGCAGAUACUCGGAUGAGAAGUUCCAUGCAAGUGAUCAAACACAACUCGCCGAAACUGUUGCAGAACGAAUGGUCGAGGCUUUCGGUAAAUCCGAGAGUCCGAGUUGAGAACAGGCAGUUGCGAAAGUUUAAUAGAGCGAUUUGAUUUCAACUACUCGAACUAGGCAGCGAUGUCUUUUAGUUUGCUUACUUGGC